AUGCUCCGGCUCCUCCCUGCCCUGGCCCUCCUGGGCGUGCUGGCUGCCCCAGAAGAAAAUGGCACCGUCCUCGAGAGCGGGUCCUGUGUGGCCCCUGGGGGAUGCCAAGAAGGCGCCUACGCCCUGACCUACAGUCCCCACCCCAGUCUCUGGGUCAGCACGGUGUGUUGUGAAAACUGCAGCUCCCCACAAAAAGGUCCCCAUGCAACUGUGACCCAUAGCAAGCCAAAGGCCACCAUUUGUUUCACCUGCUCAGACCUCUCCCAUUGCAACCCUGUCUCCUGCCCGGAGGAUAGAAACUACUGCCUUCAGACAACAGGAAUCACAGCCUUGGGGGAAGGAAACUCGGUGGCCUGGAGAAAUGGCUCCUGUGUGGCCUCCAAGGACUGCAAAUUGGACAGCUCCAUCUCUGCCUUGACCUACAGUGCUGGCUUCGGCUUCUGGGUCAACACCACCUGUUGCCAAGGCAACUGCCAGGAGUCCACUCCUCUCGCAGCUCUGCCAGCCUCACGUACCUUGAGCAAGUUCCUGUGCCCUACGUGUGCAGAGGACCACCAGGGGCCCUGCAAUUCCUCCUUCUAUAUGCAGUGUCCCCUCGGGGAGACUGAGUGUGUCCAGCUGGACCUGAUGCCUGAAGAAGGCGGCCGAAACCUGAGCCUGAGCCUGCGCGGCUGCGGCUCCCGCGACCUGUGCGACGCCCCGGCUGUGAAGGAGGGACGCCUGGCGCUCCCGGGUCUCCGGCUGGCCCGCCCACCAUACUGCAGCACCCGUCACCGCGCGGUCCUCGAGUCUCAGUGCCUCCUGGACACCGCCUCUGGUCUCCGCCUCGCCCUACCCGCGCUGGUGGUGGCCCUGGGGACCUCGGUGCUUGCCUGAGGCAUCUGGCCGGGACCGCCUUUCCCCUGGGACUCCCCCACUGCCUGCUUGCUCUCAUCUCACUGGAUGUUGCCUGGAUUCCCUCUUUCGGACACUUUUGGGGCCUGGAAGCUUCUGGUGAGAUAGUCAGGGACCAGGGGCAGGCUCCUCUCCCAGACCAAGCGCUUCCCCUAGCUUCCUGGUACCAGGACCCCGCACAGGCUAUACCUCCUCCAUGAGCAUGGGCUGUCUUCCCUCAAGGCCACCCACCGCUGCUGAGGCCAAGCCUCUGCUGGACGAGGACCAAACCUCCGUGGACAGCAAGGGUCCCCCUACCCCCCUCUCCAGACCAGGGUUGUUCUUCCUCAGACU